AUGGCUUCGCAACCCUGCACGCUCGCAACGUGCGAUCUCUCUGACAGCCCCUACGGCUACCGGCCCAGCCAAGCCGCCAGCGCCGUCUUUAUCGUCGUCUCUUCGGCUUGUCUCAUCGCCAACGCUGCCAUCACCGUCAGGACUGCGCAAACUCAACAGCGGCGCGCGACGGCGCCGUUCUCAAUCUUUAUUACAGUGGCGUGCGUGCUCGAGUUGCUGGGCUGGGCGGGUCGUCUCGCCGGCUGGAAAGACCCGUGGGCCGUGUACCCGUUCGUGCAGAGCAAAGCCUUGCUCACCGCCGCUCCUGUAUUCAUCACGUCGAGCAUCUACGUCUGUCUUGCGCCCAUGAUCCGCAUCCUAGGGAAUGAACACUCCUUCCUAAGACCUCACUUAUACACCGCCAUCCUUCUGCCUCUGGACGGCCUGUCAUUGAUAUUGCAGAUUGCCGGCCUGGCAGUGGGCUUCCAAGACGUCCCUUCCUUCAUCGCCUCCAACACAUCCUACGAGCCCAACGGCGCCGGCGCAAAGAUCGCCCUUGCCGGCCUGGUAAUCCAGUUUCUCACCCUCGUAGCCGCGGGCCUACUCCUCGCUUCCGUACUGCUUAGGGCCGCCGUGGCAUACAGGAAAUACGGGUACACCACGUUCCACCGGGACGUCGGCUACGUUCCCCUCACUGGGAGAUUCCGAAUCUUCGCGGCGGCAGUGCCGAGCGCCAUGGCCGUGCUAUUCGGGAGACUGUGCUUCCGGGUUGCGGAGUACGCGGGCGGGUUUCGGGGCCGCUUGGCCACGGGCGAGGAGGGCCUGUUCGUCGGACUCGAGGGGUUCCUGGUGGCGUAUGCUCUGGUCGCGGUGGUCGCGUGCCAUCCCGCGUUGUUCCUGAGGGACGGGAAGAUGGUGACGCGGAGCGAGGCGGAGCCGUUUGUCGGCGGAAACGGGAGCCCUGCCGGCGCGGCCGCCAUGCGGGAGCACGAGGCCGGGUUGGAGGAGCUAAGCAAGGUUUACCAGGCUCAUGUGGAGCAGGAGGAGAGGUUGUCGAGGUUCGAGCGUGUUUAG